AAGAGCCAGUCCUCUUUAACGAAACAAUACGUGCUAAUAUUUCCUAUGGAAAAGAAGGAAAUGCAACGGAGGCGGAAAUUCUAAGUGCAUCAGAGUUGGCAAAUGCCCACAACUUCAUUAGCGGAUUACAACAACUUACAGGCUCAUUUGUAGUUUAACAACCGGCUCAGAAGAGUAGAAUCAGUCAAUGAGAUCCACAACACUACAACUCUAGCUUGAAUAUGGCAGAGGACAAUGGGUUGCAUGGUGCCAAUCAGAAUGCGCAAGAGGAUCAGGCCACGACAUCAACAAACCUCGGGCUUGAAAUAGAGGCAGCCGCUGCAAGUUCCUCUACAAAUGGGGGUCAACUUGACAUAGAUCAACAGAAGAAUGACGAAAAAGUGGAGAGCAGUACCAGAACAGUUCCAUUUUACAAGUUGUUCUCAUUUGCAGACUCUGUAGAUGUUGCCUUGAUGAUUGUUGGUACAAUCGGCGCAGUUGGAAAUGGGAUGUGCAUGCCUCUUAUGUCUCUACUUCUUGGCGAAAUAAUAAAUGCUUUUGGACAAAACCAGAACAACAAAGAUAUUUUAGUUCACGUAGUUUCUAAGGUAGCACUGAAAUAUGUCUAUUUGGCUAUGGGAAUCGGGGUGGCAGCAUUCCUUCAGGUGUCUUGUUGGAUGGUAACGGGAGAGCGACAAGCUACAAGAAUAAGGAGUCUUUAUUUGAAAAGUAUAAUGAGACAAGAUAUAGCUUUCUUCGACAAAGAAACGAAUACAGGAGAAGUUGUAAACCGGAUGUCAGGUGACACUGUACUAAUUCAAGAUGCUAUGGGUGAGAAGGUUGGGAAAUUUAUACAGCUGGUCUCUACAUUUUUGGGAGGCUUUGUGAUAGCAUUCAUCAAGGGGUGGCUCCUUACGCUUGUCUUGUUAUCCUGUAUUCCUCUGCUUGUAAUAACUGGUGGAGCCACAGCCAUCGUUAUAUCCAAAGUGUCAUCCACCGCGCAAAAUUCUUAUGCUAAAGCAGCCACUGUAGUUGAGCAGACUAUUGGUUCAAUUAGAACAGUUGCAUCAUUUACCGGCGAGAAGCAUGCUGUGAUUAAGUACGACAAAUCUCUCAUGGAUGCUUACAAGUCAGGAAUUCAAGAAGGCUUAGCUACCGGAGUGGGUUUUGGAGCAGUUAUGUGUGUCGGGUUCUGCACUUAUUCUUUGGCCGUAUGGUUUGGUGCAAAGUUGAUAGUGAGUAAGAGCUAUACCGGAGGCGGAGUAAUUAAUGUAAUUGUUGCUGUGCUGACUGGUUCCAUGUCUCUUAGCCAGGCAUCUCCUUGCAUGGCUGCAUUUUCUGCCGGUCAAGCUGCUGGAUUCAAGAUAUUUGAGACAAUAAAUAGGAAGCCUGAUAUAGACGUAUAUGACAUCAAAGGCAAAAAAUUAGAUGAUAUACAUGGUGAUAUAGAGUUGAGGGAUAUUUAUUUCAGUUAUCCAGCCAGGCCAGAUGAGCAAAUAUUCAACGGAUUCUCACUCUCCAUUCCAAAUGGAAUGACUGCAGCCAUGGUGGGACAGAGUGGUAGCGGAAAGUCAACAGUUAUCAGUUUAAUACAAAGAUUUUAUGAUCCGCAAUCUGGUCAAGUCCUCAUAGAUGGCAUUAAUCUCAAAGAUUUCCAGCUAAAUUGGAUUAGAGAGAAAAUUGGUCUUGUUAGCCAAGAGCCUGUGUUGUUUACGUGCAGCAUCAAGGACAAUAUUGCAUAUGGGAAAGACGGGGCAACCCUAGAAGAAAUUAAAGUAGCAGUUGAGAUAGCCAAUGCUACUAAAUUCAUUGAUAAACUCCCUCAGGGGUUGGACACCAUUGUCGGUGAGCGUGGAACUCAGCUAUCUGGAGGACAGAAGCAGAGAGUUGCCAUAGCCAGGGCAAUUUUGAAAGACCCACGAAUUCUACUCUUAGAUGAAGCAACAAGUGCGCUCGAUGCAGAGUCGGAGAGGAUUGUUCAAGAGGCAUUGGACAAGAUAAUGGUCAACAGAACAACUGUCAUUGUUGCACAUCGCUUGAGCACCAUAAGAAAUGCUGACAUGAUUGCAGUGAUUCACCAAGGAAAGAUCAUUGAAAAAGGCUCACACUCAGAACUACUUGAGGACCCAGAAGGAGCAUACUCUCAGCUUAUAAGAUUACAAGAAGUGAACAAAGAUUCCAAACAAGCUACAGCAGACCUAGACAAAUCAGAUUCUGCUAACGAAUUAAGUAGACAUCCAAGUCAACGAAUGCCAUCUCUUCGUUCCACAAGUCGUGGAUCUUUUGGGUCAGGAACUAGUAGCCGUGUUGGUCUACCUACAGGAUAUGAUGUUUCCGACACUGCAUUGCCAGAAGCAGGAGCCAACUAUGGCCAAUUGGUAAAAAAUCACCCAAAAGUCCCACUGCGCCGACUUGCUCAUCUCAACAAGCCAGAGGUUCUAGUGUUGAUAGCAGGAGCUAUCGCUGCAACCAUUAAUGGCGCAAUACUUCCCACUAUAGGUCUACUAAUUUCAGAGGCGAUUAAAUCGUUUUUCAAGCCACCCCAUCAACUAAAGAAAGAUUCACAAUUUUGGGCCCUAAUGUUUGCGGUCCUUGGAAUAGCAUCGUUAUUUGCAUUUUCAUCACGGACAUACUUAUUUUCAGUGGCUGGUUGUAAACUGAUAAAAAGGGUACGAUCGAUGUGUUUUGAAAAAGUAGUUCAGAUGGAGGUCAGUUGGUUUGAUGAGUCUGAGAACUCGAGUGGAGCAAUCGGUGCUAGACUCUCUGCAGAUGCAGCUACUAUUCGGGCUUUAGUGGGAGAUGCACUUGCUCAGCUUGUUCAAGACUCUGCUUCAGCAAUUGUAGGAUUGGUCAUUGCUUUCACAGCAUGUUGGCAACUGGCAUUUAUUGUCCUAGCUUUGAUACCUCUCAUAGGAUUGAAUGGUUAUGUUCAAAUAAAAUUCCUGCAAGGGUUCAGUGCGGAUGCAAAGUUAAUGUAUGAGGAGGCAAGCCAAGUUGCAAAUGAUGCUGUUGGAAGCAUACGAACAGUUGCUUCUUUCUGCGCUGAAGAAAAAGUGAUGGAUUUGUACAAAAGGAAAUGUGAAGGACCUAUGAAAACUGGCAUAAGGCAAGGACUUUUUAGUGGAAUAGGUUUUGGGGUAGCUUCUGCCACACUAUUUUUGGUGUAUGCAUGCAAUUUCUAUGCUGGAUCAAAGCUAGUUGAGGCCGGGAAAACGGAAUUUUAUGAUGUAUUUCGCGUUUUCUUAUCUCUAACCAUGGCAGCCCUGGCAAUUUCUCAAUCAAGUGGCUUAGCCUCUGACGCUACAAAAGCCAAGGUUGCUACUGCUUCCAUAUUUGCCAUUCUUGACAGGAAGUCAAAGAUAGACCCCAGUGACGAGUCUGGGAUCACUCUUGAGAGUGUGAAGGGAGAGAUUGAGCUCUGCCAUAUAAGCUUCAAGUACCCCACGAGGCCAGAUGUUCAGAUUUUUCGGGACCUCAAUUUGAACAUUCCCGGCGGAAAGACGGUAGCUCUAGUAGGAGAAAGUGGAAGCGGGAAAUCAACAGUGAUAGCAUUACUGCAAAGAUUUUACGAUCCUGAGUCAGGUCAUAUUACACUUGAUGGGGUUGAAAUUCAGAGGAUCCAAUUGAAGUGGUUGAGACAACAAAUGGGUCUAGUUAGCCAAGAGCCAGUCCUCUUUAACGAAACAAUACAUUCUAACAUUGCAUAUGGAAAAGAAGGAAAUGCAACGGAGGCAGAAAUUCUAAGUGCAUCAGAGUUGGCAAAUGCCCACAACUUCAUUAGCGGAUUACAAGAAGGGUAUGACACCGUAGUAGGAGAGCGAGGAAUGCAGUUGUCAGGGGGGCAGAAGCAACGGGUGGCCAUAGCGCGUGCCAUGGUCAAAAGUCCAAAAAUACUACUACUAGAUGAGGCUACGAGUGCACUGGAUGCAGAGUCGGAACGAAUAGUUCAAGAUGCGCUAGACCGAGUGAUGGUGAACCGGACCACAGUGGUGGUGGCACACAGAUUAUCCACAAUUAAAAAUGCAGAUGUGAUCGCAGUGGUCAAGAACGGUGUGAUAGUGGAGAAGGGAAGGCACGACACUCUUAUUAACAUUAAAGAUGGUUUCUACGCUUCCUUGGUAGCACUUCACAUGAGCACUUCAUCAUCCUAAAGCCUCAGAUGGGUUUUUGUCUUUUCCCCUUAAGUUUGUUGUUUCUUUUAGAUAUAUAAGAUUUUCAGAACGUACAACUCAAUCAUGUUUCCUCUCUUGUUGGGGGAACUGGAAGAGAGCCAAAGGCAAGGCAAUGAUUUUUGCACUCAAUUGUUA